CGAAGCUUGAUCUCGCCUCUGUGAAACUUCAACAGCAACCAACUCCAACCCCAACACUACACACAAGCCCCAUUUAAUAAUAGUCCCAACAACAAUUCUUGCGGAAAUUAACAGUUAUGUCGACCAUGGAGACUGAAGAGCCGCUAUUUAGGCCAGUCAAGAGAAGAAAGUUCCUACGAAAACGCCCAGAAACUUCUCCAGAUGAAUCGCAGCCACCGCAACCCUCUCCAGACCCCGAAGCCGCUACUUGCAGAUCCCCGGCAGGACAAGAUGGAGAAGCCUCAGAAGCACAUAUGAACGAACCUGAAGAAAUAGGCACUGGUAUUACAGACAUAUUCCGCCUUCGAAAGGCGCUGAAGACCCGAAGGGGUGGCGUCGAGUUUACUGCUUCGCCAAAGCCAGCUAUUGAUCAGCAUGGCGAGUCUCAACUAGAGGUCGACUCUACGGCUCAGGAUCCUGAAGAUAUGGUGAUACGAGGCAUUUCAGAUCGCUUUGUUGCUCAUACAGGACAGAGAGUGGAUGUGGAUAAACAUAUGAUGGCGUACAUAGAGUCAGAGAUGACUAAACGUCAUCAACAACACAAGAACAAUAAUGCUACAGAUAAUAAUGACCAACAAGUGUCAGAGGCCACUGUACAGAGCCUUAACUCGGACCUCGUGCUCCCCCAGCGCCAGCCAGCAUCGCUAGGCAAGCUGCAUGAAAUCGACCUGGGACCGGACGCAAAGCUCCGUAACAUCGAGCGGACUGAAGCAGCUACUAGAAGGCUCGCCGGCGAUCAGGUGCCGGAUGAGAACGAGGAUAAGGACGCCACUUCGAAGAAAGCACGGCCAGGAGCGAAGGAUGGCAAAAACUGGCGUGGCCGGAAGAGACGCAACAGUGAGGAUAUUAGACGAGAUAAACUUGUUGAGGAGGUUCUUCGCGAGAGUAAACUCGACGUCUACGAUGAGCCUGAAGUUGUUAGCCAGCAGAAUGACGACCAGGCAGCGGACGAUCGCAUCGCAGAGCAGUUUCGCCGUGACUUUUUGGACGCCAUCCACUCCCGACGCCGCGGAGCUCGGACAAGGACUUCGAAGACUACCAAAACGGAUGUUCCGCGCGGCCCCAAACUUGGAGGAAGCCGGAGUGCCCGCGCGGCGAUGCGGGAGAAAGCUGCAGCUGCCGCUCAAAAGUGAUGAUAAUGACGAGUAUAUACUAUUAUCGGGGGGAAUACUAAGAUGGGACUCCCGUAUGGAUAUAUGCCCAUCCUUUUAAAGAUUCUAUUCUUCUUGCGUGCUGUUAUUUGUAGUUUCUUUCUCAUUACUUUUUUUGCGUUUUGGAAAGAUGGAUCGCGCGUCGUUCUCAACCGGAUCAAAUACCUGUAUAUGUAUAUUUAUCAUUAUUGUUACGACGAUUCUGUUUUUUAUAUAUUUCAUCCUUCCCGUUCAUUCAAGGCCCAGACCUGACCUGGGACCAUAUCAAUUUUCAAUUGGCCAAUGCAAGCAACCCAUUCUUUUUCCACGCUGUCUUGCACGCUUUAAGCAAAACAAAGGCAGCGGCGUUAACCGGUGCGUAUAGUGGACCGAAUUAGUGGGGCCAGGUUAUUUGAAGAGAAAUUGCCACGGCGGCCGGUGGGUGUAGGUAUCUUGCCGACCCGGCCGUCGAACAUGUCCGCGGGCCUGGUAUGUCCUAUACAUACAUCCAUCAUGGUUGCAGACAGGCUUUGGAGAUGUGUAUUGUGUAGUUGGAUAAUCACUCUUCUAUCCUCGUGUAUUAAGUAUUUAGCAAUCCUAUGUUGACGAUGGGUUACUGUUGAAGCGCAAUUCCCCUCUCAAAGUGUUUUACAGAUAGGAGAAAAGGGGGGUGGAGUUCAAAAUUUAUUUCAGGGACGGGAAGUUGGGCCAGGGUAAUAUCAUAAUAAUAAUGGUGGUUAUACAGCGUAAGAAAUAAUGCCUGAGAAACGUA